GCCCGUGCCGUCGUUAGAACAAACGAUGGCCGCCUAUUUGGACGCCGUGGAAGUGGCCGUCGGUCACGAAGAGCAAAAGGCCGAAACUCGUUUGAAAGUCGAACGAUUCAUCUCGUCCGACGGCAUUGGUCCAAAGCUUCAGGAUUUGCUGCUAGACAAACAAUCGAAAGAAGAUAAUUGGGCCUAUGAUUGGUGGAUGGAGGACAUGUACUUGUGUAAUGAUAUCGCCCUGCCAGUCAAUUCCAAUCCGGGCAUGGCUUUCCCUCUGCAAUUUCUGCAAAAUGCAUCGAGCGAUAACGACGAUAAAAAUAAUGGCGGCAAUCAUUUUGUUCAGAACGUCGCUAAUUUCAUCAGCGCCAUUCUCGAUUACAAACAAUUGAUUGACCGUCAAUUACUGCCUCAAGAUAGGGCCGCCUCCAGGGAGAAAGGCCAGCCAUUGUGCAUGGCUCAAUAUCAACGAUUGUUUGCUUCGUACCGCAUGCCCGGACUGGAACAAGAUCAAUUGAAAAGCUUUCCACCCCGGAUGAGAAUGAACACAUCAUCGUCGCUUAUCGAGGACAAGUAUCUUAUUAUUCUUUUUCCUUUUGAUAUUUUAAUGAACAUCACAAUCGAAUUAUUUAAACCACUUGGAGGAUUUUUGGCGUUUGGAGGUGCGCCACAAAGGUUGUCGAUUGUCUGCCGAAGAAAUGGCUUUCAACUUUGCUGCCAUAAUGGAAUCGACGGACGGACAAAGACAUUGGCCGGCACAUUAGGCCAGCACUACUACCCUCCUUUGGGUCUCCUAACGACCGCCAACAGGCGUCUCUGGGCUCAAUGGCGUCAUCAAUUACUCCAAGAUUUAAUCAACGCCCGUUCUCUCCAGUCUAUCGAAUCGUCCAGCAUGAUCGUCUGCAUCGAUCAGCCGUUCCGGCCGGCCGUCGAUGAUGAAGAAGAGGUCAACAAUCGAGUCGACACCAAUCGAGUCCUUCAAAUGAUCCAUGGCGGUGGCAGCCAAUGGAACACAAUCAAUCGAUGGUUCGAUAAAACUGUCCAGUUUAUUUUCAGUCCGGAUGGAAUUAGCGGCACUUGUUACGAACAUUCACCUGCCGAAGGGAUCGUUCUGGUCCAGGUGAUUGAGAAAGCAUUGGACAACGUGUUAGCCUUGCAACAGGACGAUAAUGGCCAGCAGCAAAUAAGGGGACGCUGUCGACGGACGACGUUAACGAUGUCGGACGAAGACGAUGGAGCACAUCAACGAUGCGGCAGUAGCGAAAGCGCCAGCGCCGUAGUGUCGCAUCCAGCACCGAAGCGACUCACUUGGAAGAUCGAUGAAGACAUCCGCAAAGCAAUCGAAAUUGCCGCCAGCGAUGUGGACAGACUCGUGGAAGAUUUGGACUUGAACGUUUUCCGCUUCGCGUCGUACGGCAAAAAUCGCAUCAAAACUUUCAACGUCAGCCCGGACGUCUACAUUCAAUUGAUGCUGCAGUGGACCUAUUACAAAUUGCACGGCAAACUUGUAGCGACUUACGAAAGCGCCGCCACUAGGCGUUUCCAGCUGGGCAGGGUCGACAACAUCCGUUCGGCUUCGCCCACCGCUUUAGCCUGGGUCAAAGUCAUGGACGAUCCGCAGUCUACGGAGGAAGAAAAGAUUCAAUUGUUUUAUCGAGCGGCCGAGAACCAAACGGAUGUCAUGAUUAAGAACAUUCUAGGCCAAGGGAUGGAUAUCCAUUUGCUGGGCUUGCGCCAGUUGGCUCGUUCCAUCAAAACGGACGAAGCCCUGGCUGUUUUCGAAGAUCCCAGUUUCGACAUCGUUCAUCAUUUCGCUUUAUCCACCUCUCAGAUUCCUACCAGUAACGCGGAUUCGUUUAUGGGCUACGGACCUGUCGUCCCUGAUGGCUACGGUUGUUCGUACAAUCCGCAAGCGGAUUGCAAUUUUUGCGCUUCAGCGUUCCGAUCCUGCGAGGCUACCAGCGCUGCCCGGUUCGUCCGUCAACUGUCCGACACGCUCGUCCAAGUCGGUGACAUGCUAGAAAAUCGAUCUAUUUAAAGAAAAAAGAAGAAGAUCUCAAUGAUGAAACUGCACCAAAUUAAUAUUUGCUAGUCAAUUGCUGUUUAACAGCAACCCACCAAUGAUCUCAACAGCACUUGAAUUCAAUGUGAUAGAAAUUGUUUGAAUUAUUAAUUAAAUUAUUAGAACUGCCUUUAGUUUUAAACUUAGGCCACAGGAUAGUUUUAAAAAAGAAAAUUAAGUAAUGGCUGUUAACUUUCCUUGUUUUUACGUAUCGAUAUCGAUUUCUUUAUUUAGGUUUUUGUUUUUGUGCUUCCCCACCGUAUGAAAAAAGUCCAAAGUUAACGAUCCCUUUGCUGGCCGGCUUUUCUCUUAUAGCCUUGCGUGAUUUAUAUUCACACACACGCGCGCUUUGUGUGUAUGUAUGUUGUGCACUCACACACAAUCCUCUUUUGCGCUUGUUGUGUUUAAAGCGCCUGAAAAGGAGAAAAGGGCCGGCAAAGAAGAGAGCAAGAACCUCCCCCCUCCCGACAAAUAUCCUUGUAUAGCUUGCUGCGGUGUUCCAUAUAGAAUAAUAGCGAAGCAAACACACACACACACGCGACCUAAUCUAAAGCUUUCCUCACCCAACCAUUUCACCCCUAUAUAUCCCCGCAAGCAUCAAAUAAAAGCCAAAACGAGAGGAAAGAGAUCCUAUCCGCAACAACGGGGCUAUCCUUUUCUUCACCGUACAAUAUAUAUGUGUGUGUGUGUACUC